AUGGCGCUCACGGAGGAAGUCAACCGGGUGGCCGCCCUGUUCGAAUAUGGCCCAGAAGACCUGAACAAAGGCGUCAAGGAAUACAUCAGGCAAAUGAACGAAGGCCUCGAGAAGCAGGGUACAAUGUUGAGCCAAAUUCCAACAUACGUGACUAAUGUACCAAACGGAACGGAGAAAGGCACAUACCUCGCCGUCGAUCUGGGCGGGACAAACUUUCGUGUCUGCUCAAUAGUUCUACAUGGCAACCACACAUUCUCCUUACAGCAAUCGAAAGUCGCGGUACCACGGACACUGAUGGAGGCGAAGAAGGCGACUGAUCUGUUUAGCUUCCUGGCAAAGCAGAUCGAGGCAUUCCUAAAAGAGCAUCAUUCCGAGCAUUUCGAAGCACACCAACAGAAAGGUCUCGGUUCGAAAGAGUUCUUCGACUUGGGCUUUACGUUUAGCUUUCCCGUCAACCAGAUCGGCAUCAAUAAAGGCAAGCUUAUGCGAUGGACUAAAGGCUUCGACAUCGAUGAGGCUAUUGGCCAAGAUGUCUGUGGUCUAUUACAGGUGGAGAUCGACGCUCUCAACCUUCCUGUGCGAGUCGCGGCGCUGGUCAAUGACACCGUUGGCACGCUCAUGGCGCGUUCCUAUACCUCUCCAGGCACGACGAAGACGCUCAUCGGCGCCAUCUUCGGCACCGGGACCAAUGGCGCAUAUGUCGAGAAGCUCGAUAAAGUAACGAAGAUGAAGGACAUAGCGGCGGCUGAAGGAGAGGCAAGCUACGACCGAUCGACAGGUCUCAUGGUGAUCAACUCGGAAUGGGGCAGCUUUGAUAACGCACUGAACGUCCUUCCAAACACCCCGUAUGAUGUGGACCUCGACAAGGAGUCAGUCAAUCCUGGGAUCCAGAUGUUUGAGAAGCGAGUAUCAGGCAUGUUCUUGGGAGAAAUCCUUCGACGUGCUCUUCUAGCACUCUACCAGAACGACGAGGAGGUCGCCCUAUUCAAAGACACAAGCUCCGCAGAUAACGACACGAGCAGCACUACGACUGUGGCCAACGACAGCGCGUUGUACAAGCAAUGGGGCAUUGAUACCUCGUUCCUAUCAAUUGUUGAAGAGGACCAUUCAGAUCAUCUACGCAUAACGAAGCAAACGCUGGAGCUACAGCUGGGCGUAUCAGCACCCUCCACAGAGGACUGCGUCGCCGUAAAGACUCUAGUGCACGCGAUUGGUAAACGGGCUGCGCGUCUUAGUGCUGUCGCCUUAGCCGGCGUUGUCAUAGGCACGGACAAGCUAAAGGAGAGCGACGAGCCUGUAGAUAUCGGCGUGGAUGGUAGUCUUGUGGAGUACUACCCGGGAUUCGAAGACUAUAUCAGGGAGGCCUUCAGGGAAAUAGAGGGCAUAGGCGCAGACGAGAAGCGCAUCCGAAUAGGCCUUGCUAAAGACGGUAGUGGAUUAGGGGCUGCAUUGAUAGCCCUGGUUGCCGCGAACAAGGCGGCAUGA